UGUGUGUGUGAGUGAGCACGAGCACUAGGCAGCCCGCCUCUGGCCGGCUGAUGCUUUCGUCUCGUCCCUGUCCGUUGGGUUGAGGAGAGGGGGACAGAGAGAGAGGGAGAGAGAGACGCGUCCAUGGGUGGCUGUGUGGGCAGUCAGCACGACUCCUCCGGCAGCUUAAACGAAAACUCAGACGGAACCGGAGUGGCCCUGGGGCGUAACCAGGCCCUGAAGAGGGAGAAGCCCAAAUGGAAGAGCGACUACCCGAUGACGGACGGCCAACUGCGGAGCAAGCGUGAUGAAUUCUGGGACACGGCGCCGGCCUUCGAGGGCCGCAAGGAGAUCUGGGACGCGCUCAAGGCUGCCGCGCAGGCCUUCGAGAGCAACGACCACGAGCUCGCUCAGGCCAUCAUCGACGGAGCUAGCAUUACUCUUCCACACGGUGCUCUAACCGAGUGCUAUGACGAGCUGGGUAACCGCUACCAGCUGCCCGUGUACUGCCUCUCUCCGCCCGUCAACAUGAUCGAGGAAAAGAGCGAGACGGAGACGCCCGAGGCCCCCGAGGCCCCGCCCACCGAGGGCCACGAGUGCCAGCUGCGUCUGCGUCUCUCGACGGGUCGCGACCUGCGUCUGGCCGUGCGCUCGGGAGACAGCGUGCUGUUCAUGAAGCGGCGUCUGCAGUCUCAGGAGGGCCUGGAGGCGUCCAGUCAGCGCUGGUUCUUCUCGGGCCGGCCGCUCAGCGACCGCAUGAAGCUGCACGAGCUCAACAUCUCCAAAGACUACGUGGUGCAAGUGAUCGUCAGCCAGCCGCCGCCUGUCGAGAACUGACGCUAAAAAAAAAAAAAAAAACUGGCCUUUUUUCUUCUUCUUCUUUUUUUUCCGUCUCGUUUUCUGCAGAACGUUUGAGAUCUUGCCUGGACUGCAAGCGCGCUGCUCUAAAGACGGACGUGAGAAGAUUCAUGAAGUGCUUUCUCUUCUCUUCUUGUUUUGUUUAAAAUUUUUGUUAUGUCUGCAAGGCAGACCUGAAAUACGGACGUCUGAAACUCUGUGAGACUUUUCUACAGCCAGACCUCGUCUCGGCCUUUAACCAAUCGCUUUUUGUAAUUCGUUUAGUUUUUAACUGAAAACUUUUCUCCUGAACUAAUUAGGGAAUAUAAGCAUAUAUAUAUAUAAAUAUAUAAAAGAAGGAUUUCAUUAUAUUCAUUCAUUCAUUCAUUCAUUCAUUCAAAUGUCUGUCUCUCUUAAAGUCAGGUGAGCAUCUUGGCGACCUUCUUGCUGCGCUCUUAAAACAAUCUCAAGUCAAUCGGCUUUUGGUUUCUUUCUCCUUUUUUCUUUUUUUUUAGGUUCUGCAGAAGCGAAGCUGUGGGAUUUUUUUUCUUUUUUUUUCUUUUGUGUAAUAAAUCAGCUGUUUGACCUUUCGUCUAGAUUUCGGCUCAUGUGCUUUGAAACAGGGGAAGCGUCACAUCGCACUCGGUGCUCUACAUCUGUAAUCUAGAUGAGAUCCGAGGCAUCGAUCCUCUGCGCUGCUGCGUCACGUGUCGCGACAAUUCUCUUCGUUUCCUCCAGGUUUCCAUGGCACUAUCUCUCUCUCGCUCUCUCUUUCUCACUGAGUGCUGUAUUUUAAAAACGGGGUCUAAUCAUGAACGUAGGGCCCGAGGGAAAAAGGAAGUUCCGAGUGACUGACGGUCUCGGCGCGGUUCUAAGAAGAUAUGUGAACGUCCUUCGUGUUUUUAAACGGCCUCCGUUCUGUCCAAGGAGAAAUGGCAAAAACGUUGGCUUAUUUUAAUGAUAUGGAAUGUGUUUUUAAUUAAAAUAUGAACAUUUCUACUCCA